GAACUGGAAUCUUAAGAUGUCAAGACGCAGCAGUCGUUUACAAGCUAAACUGCACCAGCCCUACCAGGAUACAUCUCCACAAGAACUGCAGGUGUCAGAGAGUCUUCAGACCAGAAAAAGAAAAGCAAUCGAGGAUACCAAGAGACAAGAAGAAAACACCAACACAAGACAUCAGUAUGAAAUUAAGAGCUGUUGGCCACCUACGAUAUCUGGAGGCAUCUCACCCUGCAUAAUAAUAGAAACUCCUCACAAAGAAACAUCAAAUACUGACUUUUCCAGAUUUAAAAAAUACAGAUUCAGAAAUCUCUUCAUAAAUCCAUCACCUUUACCUGAGCUUAGUUGGGGAAGUUCUAAAGAUGUCUGGUUGAACAUUCUAAAGAAAGAGAACAAAUAUUCUCACUGCAAACAUUUCACAUCUCUACACUCGAGCCUACAACCACACAUGAGAUCAAUUCUAUUAGACUGGCUUCUAGAGGUAUGUGAAGUGUAUACACUCCAUAGAGAAACUUUUUACUUAGCUCAAGACUUUUUCGAUCGAUUCAUGCUGACUCAAAAAAAUAUAAACAAAACCAUGCUUCAGCUCAUAGGAAUUACAACGCUGUUCGUUGCUUCUAAGCUUGAGGAGAUAUAUGCUCCCAAGCUACAGGAAUUUGCAUAUGUUACUGAUGGUGCUUGCACUGAAGAAGACAUUAUAAGGAUGGAGCUUAUUAUACUAAAGGCUCUAAACUGGGAACUCUGCCCAGUAACGAUAGUCUCUUGGCUCAACCUUUAUCUCCAAGUGGAUGCUCUGAAAGAUAUUCCAAAGGUGCUGCUACCUCAGUAUUCUCAGGAAAAGUUUAUUCAAAUCGCACAGCUCUUAGAUCUCUGUAUUCUAGACGUCAAUUCUCUGGAUUUCCAGUACAGGACGUUGGCUGCUGCUGCAACUUGCCAUUAUACCUCAGUAGAAGUAGUUAAGAAAGUGUCAGGCUUAGACUGGAGCAGUAUUUCAGAAUGUGUGGAAUGGAUGAGACCAUUUGUCAAGGUAGCAAGAAAAGCACCGGUAAAAUUGAAGAAUUUUAAGAAAAUUGCAGCAGAAAAUAGACACAAUAUACAAACCCACACUAACUACUUGGAUAUGCUGGAAGAAGCUAACUUUGAGGCAGCGGUUGCAGUGCCAGGGCAGUUGUCACCUAUGUCUACGGGAGGAAUAAUAACUCCACCAAAGAGCUCUGAAAAGAAAUGAAAUACUAGAAUUACAUCUGUAUGAACUCUACAUCUUAAGACUCUAAAGAACUCCUGAACUGUUGGGAAAGAUAUCAAAUAUAACAGAAGGAAGUCUUAAAUAGAGAAGGCCUGAAGCUAUUAAGUUUACAGUCUCAUCUACUAGGCUAUACGAUAAAGCGGGAUUUCUUGAGAUAUUCAUAAGCAACAAUUUUUUUAACAGGGAAGAACAGCCUUAAUUUUUGCUUCAUAUAUGACCGUGUGCUUCAUAUAUGACAACUGGGGAUGGCUUGGCUCUAGAUUUACAUCUACCCACUCUAUUCCAACUGCCAGGAGAAUGUAUCUUGUUUGUCUAGCCCCAGUAUAAAAUGUUCUGAGCUGUUCCAAAGGCAUAUGGCAAUUACAUGCACAGCCUGAACAGAAUUUCAGCCCAAAUAGCCAGGGCCAAGUCUACAAUUAAGUGAGCUGAUGUAGUUCUUGCUCUUCGUUUCUCCAGCAACCUUUAAUAACAAAGAAAGCCACACAUAUUUUGUAAAACUUCCUGAGCUACCACCAUGGUUACCUAACCAGAGUCCCCAAAGUGCCUAAAACAAUGGCUGAACUGGUGACUGGCCUUCAGCAGUGUUUUGCUACAUGUACACUGUUACUGCCACUGUAAUGAAGCAGAACUGCAAUAAUUUAUACACAAUUUACAGCACAGAAUGGAACAAUUUGCUGUAAACUGGAAAGACCAUGACUUCACAGACAUGACUUGGUAUGAAGCAUUUCCUCCUCCCCCUCCCUCCCCUUGACAAAAAGGCUUAGGACCAAUCACGCAUUAAACCAUUUUCUAGAAUCCUGGGCUAGAGGGAAAUGAGCAGACUGGCAUUUGGGUUCAGAUGUACAUGACAGUUGGCUAGGGAAGAAUAGAUGCUAUUUAUCAACAGGUCAUGCAUAACCCUAAAGAGUGAUAGUUUGCAACAUCUGAACUAUUCCAGAGGGAACAAGUUUUUUUAAUGGUCACAUCCUACCUCUUUUUUUCUUGAGAUAUGUUUCUGGUCCAGAACAAGCUACUACAAUGCCAGGGGGGAACGUAAGAGUGAAGAUGACUGAUGUUACAGGCAUCCUAGCAGGAUACUCUGAAUAGUACAGAAAGCUUAUAUGGUGUCUAAGGUGGUGUAUUCUGUGCUCCAUCUUGCAUCUGUUAGCGAUGCAAUAUGGAAGAU